CCAGUUACCCAGCCGUCCUCCCCUCCCCCAUUUCCUCAACCUCAGCACCCAUCCCGGUGCCGUUGAUCCAGCCGGCGCCACCACAAGCAUCGGCUCAGCCCCGCCGUUCUCUCCAUGGUGGAACACACUGGAUUAGUUCAAGAAACGAGAAAAUUCGAAUAUUUGACAUUCUCUAAAUUCUUGGGGCGGAAGAAAACCAGAGGGUGAAGCAAUCGCUUACUUCGUUUGGCAUUUGGAGAAAGCAAAUUCAAGCUAUAAGAGUUCGGGUAGUUGGUAGUUCCAUACCAGUUGUGAGUUCGGAAAAAACUUCAGCUUGGAUAGUGCAGUUUGUAUCUACCACAAACUAAUGGCGGGUGAUGCUGAUUCGAGGCCGAGGUCUGGUGCUGGUAACUUCUCCUCCUCCGCCCAGGGCGGCGGCAUGACGGUGGAGGAAUGCCAGAAUAUGAUCCAGAGAAGUCUCAGAAAUCCGAUGGUGAAAUUUCUGAAGGAGCACCUAGAGAAAUCUGGAUGCAGCAUUGGAAGCAAUUUCAUAAAGGCCGUCAAUUGCGAAGAAGCCACUGCCGGUGGCUAUGUUGCCGGUGGAGGGAUAGUAGUUUGUAGCAAUCACUUGCAAAUUCAAGAUGAGGUGACUCAAGUGGUGAUCCACGAGCUCAUUCAUGCAUAUGAUGACUGUCGGGCUGCAAAUUUGGACUGGACUAAUUGUGCUCAUCAUGCGUGCAGUGAGAUUCGAGCUGGUCAUCUGAGUGGUGAUUGCCAUUAUAAAAGGGAGUUACUUCGUGGUUUUCUAAAGAUAAGAGGGCAUGAACAAGACUGUAUAAGGCGAAGGGUAAUGAAAUCGUUGGCUGCAAAUCCAUACUGUUCGGAAGCUGCAGCAAAGGAUGCCAUGGAAGCUGUUUGGGAUGUUUGUUAUAAUGAUACGAAGCCAUUUGAUAGAGCUCCUUGAAGAUACAGGAACGUAUAGUUAUAUUGACAACAUUUUUGCUCACAUCCGGUAGCUUGAUGAUUGUUACAUUUCUUUUUUGCAAAAAGAAAUACGAGGCAAUCGUUCGUAUACCCAGUAUACAAAGUAUCGGAUGUAGUAUGAAUUUCACAUGUUGCUACUACAUUCACCUUUUAUAAUAGUUUGAAGUACACUCGA